AUGGAUACUGCCGAAGGGCGCCGGUUUGAUAGACCUGGUAGAGGCACAAAUAACCGGUACUCAUCCGUGUUGGCCUCAGUUCGUGCUCUAGGAGAAGGGGACCGUGAAGAAUCGGUGCAGGCAACGGUGGCGACAACACCCAGCAAUGGCGAGAGAACCCUUUCACUCAACCAGCUGUCCCUGGGAGGACUUCACAACCCGGCGAGUACAACUGGGACGACUGGGGGCCGCCGGACGGGUCCUCGCCGCACGACGGUUCGCAGAGGCUCAAAUCAACAUCAGCUGCGGCCCAACUCUGCUCGCGCCACGCCAACAUCUAGACAGCAGCAGCAGCAGCAGCGGAACUCUGCUCGCGUCACCCCAACCACUGGACAGCAGCAGCAGCAGCAGCUGCAGAGCACCACUGGUCUGCCUACCUCACCGUAUGGGCAGCAGCAGCAGCAGCAGCAGCAGCAGCAGCAGCAGCAGCAGCAGCUGCGGAACUCUUCUCGUGCCAUCCCAACCACCGGACAGCAGCAGCAGCAGCAGCAGCUGCAGACCACCACUGGUCUGCCUACCUCACCGUAUGGGCAGCAGCAGCAGCAGCAGCAGCAGCAGCAGCUGCGGAACUCUUCUCGUGCCACCCCAACCACCGGACAGCAGCAGCAGCAGCAGCAGCUGCAGACCACCACUGGUCUGCCUACCUCACCGUAUGGGCAGCAGCAGCAGCAGCAGCAGCAGCAGCAGCAGCAGCAGCAGCAGCAGCAGCAGCAGCGGAACUCUCCUCGUGCCACGCCAACCACUGGACUGCAGCUGCAGCAGCUGCCCAACUCUCCUCGCCUCACCCCAACCAUUGGACAUCAGCAGCAGCAGCUGCCCAACUCUCCUCGCCUCACCCCAACCAUUGGACAUCAGGAGCAGCAGUUGCAGACCACCACGGGUCUGCAAACCUCGACUAAUGGACUGCAGGAGCAGCAGCAGCAGCCCGCCACGGAUCUGCAUGCCUCACCGUAUGGGCAGCAGCAGCAGCAGCCCGCCACGGAUCUGCAUGCCUCACCGUAUGGGCAGCAGCAGCAGCAGCCCGCCACGGAUCUGCAUGCCUCACCGUAUGGGCAGCAGCAGCAGCAGCUCGCCACGGAUCUGCAUGCCUCACCGUAUGGGCAGCAGCAGCAGCAGCCCGCCACGGAUCUGCAUGCCUCACCGUAUGGGCAGCAGCAGCAGCAGCCCGCCACGGAUCUGCAUGCCUCACCGUAUGGGCAGCAGCAGCAGCAGCCCGCCACGGAUCUGCAUGCCUCACCGUAUGGGCAGCAGCAGCAGCAGCCCGCCACGGAUCUGCAUGCCUCACCGUAUGGGCAGCAGCAGCAGCAGCCCGCCACGGAUCUGCAUGCCUCACCGUAUGGGCAGCAGCAGCAGCAGCAGCCCGCCACGGAUCUGCAUGCCUCACCGUAUGGGCAGCAGCAGCAGCAGCCCGCCACGGAUCUGCAUGCCUCACCGUAUGGGCAGCAGCAGCAGCAGCCCGCCACGGAUCUGCAUGCCUCACCGUAUGGGCAGCAGCAGCAGCAGCCCGCCACGGAUCUGCAUGCCUCACCGUAUGGGCAGCAGCAGCAGCAGCCCGCCACGGAUCUGCAUGCCUCACCGUAUGGGCAGCAGCAACAGCUGCCCGCGGAUGUGCCAUCUUCGCCGCAUGUGCAGCAGCAGCAACAGCAGCAGGCACCGAUGCAACCCGAGGGUCUGCAUACCCCUUCUACUGGGUAUGGGGAUGAUGGCGCCCCGACUGACUAUAUGCAGCCCCUAGACCCUGAAGCUUUCCCGGAGAUGGAACCUCAGGGGGCCGCGAGUCGAGCUGUGGAGAUCCUUUACUUCGAAACUUCGGAUGUGGACCUGGAGUAUUGGACGCCGCGGGACACCAACAUCACCGCCCUCUGCACGGCUCUAAACAUCACAGAUCCUGAGGGAGUGGCUAACCUGCGCCUUGUCAUGGAGAACGAAACGGCUCGGCCUAGGCACCUUCGAAAGAAGCUUCAGGAUGCGAGGAACAAGACCCUCACCACGGGUUGUGUCUUGCUGUACGAAAGAUUUGACAUUCGCAUCAAACGUCCGGACCGCAACCGGGUCGAGAUCGGAACGCUGUCGGCUGCGGCGUUCUGUGCCUCCUACCCUGCUACCCACCAUCCCCAUGCAGGCAGCCCGGUGCACUGCUGUGGGCGUGGGAUGCAAGGCGGCGUGCCUUUAGUUAAACUCCCCUCCCACCAAUUGAUCCCCACCCAAGUCCCACUGCCUGUGCUCACCAUCACCCUGCAGGCAGCCCGGUGCACUGCUGUGGGCGUGGGAUGCAAGGCGGCGUGCCCUUAG